AUGUCUCAAUAUCGUCGGAAUCCUCCCACAGGUAUCAAUGUGCUCAUCGUUGGCGCUGGCUUUGCCGGUCUCACAGCAGCAAUUGAAUGCCACCGCAAGGGCCACGACGUUCUCGUCCUCGAAUCAUUCCCUCAACUCAAGAUCCUAGGCGAUAUCAUCUCCUUCGGACCUAAUAGCGGCCGCAUCUUUCAGAAAUGGGAAGGGGUAGAGGAACAGUUGGAUCCUCUAUGCCACAAUACCGAUCGUAUCAAUUUCGUGACAUGGGAUGGUGAUUAUCUAAUUGCGCAGCAUUGGGACGCUGAAGAAAGCUAUGGGAAGAAGUUCAAUGGACACAGAGGCGAGAUCCACGAGAUUGUGUUCAAGCAUGCUUUGGCUCGGGGUAUUGAUAUCCGACUUGGUCAAAAGGUGAUUGACUAUUUUGAAGAUGAAAAUGAAGCGGGCGUUUUGGCCCGAAAUGUCGCAACGGGUGUAGAGGAAAGGUUUACCGCAGACGUAGUCUUCCCCGCGGAUGGAGUGCGAUCAGAAGGACGGAAGAUCGUUUUGGGAUACGAAGAUAAACCGAUAUCGUCUGGUUAUGCGAUUUACCGUUCAUGGUUUGAUUCCACGAACUUGAAGUCUCCCUUGACCGAUCAUUUGUGGAAGAACGGGGAUACACAUUGGGGGUGGAUAGGACCUGAUGUACACUUUUUGGCGGCUUCGCUCAAAAAUGGUAAGGACUUUAGCUGGGUGUGCACGCAUAAGGACGACACAGAUAUAGAAGAAUCAUGGUCCGCUCCAGGCAAGAUCGAAGACUGUCUCAAAGUCGUGGAGGGAUGGGACCCCGUCGUACAGGAGAUUAUCAAAGCGACACCGACAGACUACCUCGUUGACUGGAAACUAAUCUACCGAGAUCCUUUACCUACAUGGAUCAGCCCGAAACGACGUAUUGCACUCAUUGGAGACGCCGCACAUCCUUUUCUCCCUACAUCGAUCCAGGGCGCGUCGCAGUCAAUGGAAGACGGAGCCACACUGGCCGUCUGCCUCGAAAAGUGUGGUGGCCCUGCUAACGUCCGCGAAGCACUACGAGCCUACGAACGAAUUCGUUACGAUCGGGUUCUCAAGGCGCAAAAGACCGGGGAAACGACACGAGAUAAAUGGCACAAGGCCGAUAUGGAAUAUGUCAAGAGAAACCCGGCAGUUGUUAAGCUUCAGCGGGAGUCUUGGUUGUUGAAUUUUGACUCGGAGAAGCAUGCUUAUGAAGUUUAUGAUGAUGUUGCCACGAAGCUUAGACAGGAGGAUAGCAAGACGGGGGAAGGUCUUGGGGCGAGGUUGUAA